AAGUUUUGGGAUCUAAAGCCUGUUUAAAUCAGGUUCAGAUCAUGGCUUUGAGUUUCACAGAAGUCACUCUUUCGCCUAAGGUAUGCUCAGCUAUGCCUCCCUCGACCAACCUGAAACGCAAGCAACUAAUGUGGCAGAAUGCAGUACGUCACAUUAUUGACCAACGAGGAAUGCAUCAUGAGGGGCGUGCAGCCAGUUCUCACAAAAUCAUUGUUACUGAUGCCUACAUCGAUGACAUCAACAGGCAGAUCCGUAGCAAAGCUGUGCGGGGCAACGCAGGCACACAUAAGCGGCGUUCCUCUGCAGCCCGCGUUCACCCAUUACGAGAGCGCAACUCCACCUGUACACGCAAGUCCACUGACUCACUCAGUGAUGCUGACUUCUUCGUAAGCUGGGGCUCCACAGUGCGUGGCAUUUUCCUUCCAGUUCUCCACCACAAAUUCAAAUCUCAUGAUCUUGAGCAUCUAUACCAGCAACACUCGUCUGGUCAGCGCCGAACUUCCCUUGUAGUCACUAAUGUCAUUGAUAUCCUUACCAAACUCCAUAUUCUCUUCAUCUACCUGGCUGUGGCCCCUGAGAUGGUGGACUCUCAGCAAGGAUGGUUGGCUGGGCUCUUCAUGGGACUUGGAGCAGUCAUAUGUGUCUUAGUUCUGACCUGUAAAGGAUUGAUGACUCCAGAUUACCUGCGCUAUGCUGGGCUGGCAAGCUGGUUGUCCCAGACCGUGCAGGCGCUGGGUGGUUUGGCAUAUGGGUUGGAGAACCAAUCCUGGUAUGUGCUCUUCACCCUUUUCGCCACCUACACACUAUUGCCCCUACCUCUACUGUGGUCCAUCUUCAUAGGGUUCUCCACCGCUGCCUUGCACCUGUUGGUGGAUGCCCUUAGGAACUACAAUGACACGGCCAUUGUAAGAAAGUUACUAGCAAAAGGUCUGUUGUACAUGGGUAUGAAUACUGCUGGGCUGUUCAUCCACUACUUAUCGGAUCGUGCUCAGAGGCAGGCGUUCCUUGAGACACGGCGUUGCAUUGAAGGACGAGUCAAAAUGGAACGAGAGAACCAAAGACAGGAACGGUUGGUGAUGUCCAUUCUUCCUCGAUUUAUUGCUACGGAGAUGAUUGGUGAUAUGACUGCUAUGGAAGAUGAAUUGCUUCCUCAACAGUUCCAUAAAACCUACAUUCAUCAAUACAAAGACGUCAGUAUCCUGUUCGCUGAUAUAAAAGGUUUCACCUCUCUCUCCAUGACCAUGUCAGCUCAGGAAUUGGUGCGUACACUCAAUGAGCUGUUUGGUCGCUUUGAUCGCCUAGCUGAGGAGAAUCACUGCAUGAGGAUAAAGAUUCUUGGAGAUUGUUAUUACUGUGUGUCUGGGGUCCCAGAGCCCCAAACUGCACAUGCCCGCUGCUGUGUAGAGAUGGGUCUGGCAAUGAUCAACACUAUAUGUUGUGUACGUAAGGAGCUGAAGAGAGAUAUGGACAUGCGUAUUGGCAUUCACUCUGGCUCGGUUCUGUGUGGGGUUUUGGGUCUGCAGAAAUGGCAGUUUGAUGUGUGGUCUUGGGACGUAGAUGUUGCCAACAUGCUAGAAGCUGGAGGGGUCCCAGGGAGGAUUCAUAUAUCACGAGCAACCCUGGACUGUCUAGAUGGGGUUUAUGAGACAGAAGAAGGUCAAGGCUAUCAGCGGAAUGAGUUUUUACGCAAACACAAGAUCGAUACUUUUCUGAUCUGCCACACGCCACAGGAAGACAAGGAGCCCCCUAAAGUCCGGAAGACCAGCAAAGAUGAGACGACAUGGAGUGCUGAGCUUCCUUUUGAUAACAUCAUUGGAAUGAACUGCAUCUUAGCCACUUUUACCAAUGGCUCCCUAGUGCAGUUGCCCAAUCAGAUUACUGCUCAUUGUGCUGGCUCUCGAGAAAUCAACAAGAGGAUCAAGCAAGCCAUCGAGGUGCGCAGUAGUGAGCGAAUGCGCAAAGAACACAUCACACCCAUCACACUAGUCUUCAAAGACAGACACAUCGAGGGAAAGUUUUCUCAGAUGAGAGAUGAGAUGUUCAAAUCCAACUUGGCCUGCUCAUUCCUAAUGCUCCUCUUCAUCAUGGCUGUUCAGGUCCUCGUCCCCUCACCACAAAUCUAUCCUAUGGUAAUCCAGUUUUUAGUAUUCCUGCUUGUCUACGUGCUACUGCUUCUAGUAACACUGGCUGAGGAAUUUAAACGCUCUCCACCGUACUUACAACAUCUGUGCUGCUGGAUACAUGAGACCAAGAGUAUCCGGAACCUGCUCACCCUCACCGCUAUUGCUAUUAACUUUGGUGUGGCCUCCUGUGAUAUUUUGUGGUGUGACAUGGUUGGAGAGGCUAAUGAAAGUAACAAGAACUCAGAACAAGGUGCACAGUGGCCAGUAAACAUCUGCACUCAUCCUGAGUUCUUUGUUUUGAGUGGUAUGGUGGCCAUGGUGACGUGUGCUGUGUUCCUGAGGCUCAGCUGUCUGUUGAAGUUGGCAGUACUAAUGUUAGUCAUUGCAGUUUACACAUACCUCAUUGAGGUAGCCUUCCAUGUGCUCUUUGUCCGCCAACACCAAAACGGCCAAAUUCAGAGAAAUCAGUACCUCAGACGCAAAGGCGUUUCUGUGUUGCUAAUGGCCAUGUUUGUUGUGGUUGUCCUCUACAACAGUAGACAGUUAGAAACUACAUCAAGACUUGACUUCCUGUGGCGUCUUCAGGCCAGACAGGAAGUAGAGGACAUGAAGGAACUUAGGGAGCAUAAUGAGUGUCUGCUGUACAACAUCCUUCCUGCCCAUGUCGCACGCCACUUUCUUGAGAGAGACAGGAACAAUGAGGACCUGUUCUCUGAAUCCUACGAGCGAGUUGGGGUGAUGUUUGCUUCCAUUCCAGGCUUUACAGAUUAUUACGAGAAGAAAGAGCUGAUUCAUCAAGAUGUGGAAUGUCUGCGCCUUCUUAAUGAGAUCAUCGCUGACUUUGAUGAGCUACUGGAAGAGCCUUACUUCCAGGACUUAGAGAAAAUCAAAACCAUUGGCAGCUGCUACAUGGCUGCAUCUGGCCUGUCUCCUGGAAAACAGGAAUGUGAAGAUGAGUGGGCUCACCUCAGUACACUGGUUCUGUUCGCUUUGGCCAUGCAAGAAACUCUGAAACAAAUAAACAAACGUACCUCAAACAACUUCCAGUUGCGUGUGGGUAUUUCUCACGGGCCUGUAGUCGCCGGAGUGAUUGGUGCCACUAAACCCCAGUAUGAUAUCUGGGGCAUGACUGUGAAUCUUGCUAGCCGAAUGGACAGCACAGGGCUCAGUGGGCGUAUUCAGGUCCCAGAGGCCACAAGCCGUAUCCUGGCUGACCGCGGCUUUGUGCUACAGCUUAGAGGAGAUAUCUACGUCAAAGGAGUUAGCGAACAGCGGGGAGGGGUCCGCACGUACUUUGUUAGCAGCAGGGAACAGAGCUCAAGUUACGCUGAGAGAAGCACCAGCAGAGGGAUCUCUCUCGGGAGGAACACUCUUGCUGCCGUGGUCUUUUCCCUGGUUCAGGCCCGUAAGAAAGAGGAAUUACGAGAGGCCAAUGGAGGUUUUCAUCUUAUGGAGAUCACAUGAACUUUUAUUGAAAACUGGACAGGAACUGUAUUUAAUACCUCUUUUAGAGACUCUUAUGUCUCUUUCAUGAGUCAUUGCCUUCAAGAGAUUUUCCACAUUAUCUGUUGUUUUUUUCUGAAUAGUAACAACUUAAUUUUCUUGUAUGACCAGAUUUCUAUUGAUAUUCAAAGAUGGUUAUUAUGGAAGCCCAUUUCCGCCACAGAAUUUA